CUUGACGCCCCUGCAUCCCCCUCUGGUGUGUCUGAGCGGCGGGUAUCCUCUCUGCGUCCCUCUGCCUCCAUCAGGACGCAGAGCUCCGCCUCGGAUGCAGCUGCUGCUGUUUAUCUGAUUACCGCGAUACAAGCUGCAUCUCCUUAAAGCGACACUCCGGCUUAAUUAAUUAGACCACCGGAGAGAGGAGGAGAGAGCGGCCGACGAUGCAGAUGACGAGAGGGAGCAGCAUCCGCCGGUCGCCACCAUCUUCUCCCUGCAGGACGUCGCCGCUUCAUUUCACCGCCUCGGGGUUAUGAAACCGGCUGCAGUCUAACCCUGCAUGCCCGCAGAAAAACCUCCCAAGACCUCCCUCCUCCCUCCUCGGCUCUUCAUUCUGCGAUUCAUGGACUGUCAGUGCGUCACACUCGUUCUCUCUGCGCCUUUUCUUCCGCAGACGCGUCGCCACCUCCUUGCCUCGUAUUUAGGUUAUGAAAUAGGCUGCAAUAACGCGGCCUCCCGUUCCUCAGUCCCGCUGCGCACACGGACUCUGUAGCCCUCAUGGCCUCUGUUAAAUGCGUCCCUAAAUCAGCCGUUUGCGCGUCCUUGUUCGCCUGUCCGGCCUUUUGCAUCUCCGCGUUCCUGUUCGCCGCCCAUGCGUCGCCGCUGCCUCUGCCGCUGCCGCGCCACCUCCUCAGCUCUUCCGCACCACAUGGACUCUGAGAUCUGCGUGAAGCGCGCGCCGUCUCCGCGUCCACGCCCUCCCUCUGCCGCGGAUGCGGUGCGCCUGGGUACUCGCUGUCUCUUCGACCUGGCCCGUCAGUGAUCCUCUGGUCCGGGGGGGCUGGUGUCCGCAGAGAGGCAGGAUGGUGCGGAUAGCCAGCGCGCUGGGGCUCGUCAUGUUCAGCGUGGCGCUGCUCAUCCUGUCGCUCAUCAGCUACGUGUCCAUCAAGAAGGACUUCCUGCUCAGCACCCCCAGAUACGGACCUAAUGGAGGACCCAGAUUGUCCAUGUUCCACGCAGGGUUUCGCUCCCAGCUGGCGAUGAAGUAUCUGGAUCCAGCUUUCACUCCUCUGACCAACUCUCUCAGCGAGGACCUGCAGAACUCCUCUAAAUGGAGCUACAACAGCACUGCUUUUAUACAGCUGAAAAAGGAGAUCUCUCAGUACAUCGACAUCCCUCACAACUUCACACUGACACGAGGCUCAGUCCGAAUCGGACAGCUCAUGCACUAUGACUACUCCAGCCACAAAUACGUCUUCUCUAUUGGCGAGAACUUCCGCUCACUCCUCCCUGAGGCUUCGCCGAUCAUCAACAAGCACUACAAUGUCUGUGCCGUGGUUGGCAACAGUGGGAUCCUCACCGGCUCACGCUGUGGCGCUCAGAUCGAGAAGUUUGACUUUGUCUUCCGCUGCAAUUUCGCGCCGACUGAGAUCUUUAAGAAGGACGUUGGGCGACGGACCAACAUGACAACCUUUAACCCUAGUAUCCUGGAGAAAUACUACAAUAAUUUACUGACUGUUCAGGACAGGAACAACUUCUUCUUGAGCCUAAAGAAGCUGGACGGAGCCAUCCUGUGGAUCCCAGCAUUUUUCUUCCACACGUCAGCCACAGUGACGAGGACACUGGUUGAUUUCUUCGUGGAACAUCGAGGCCAGCUGAAGGUCCAGCUGGCCUGGCCCGGAAACAUCAUGCAGUAUGUCAACAGCUACUGGAAAACCAAGCAGCUGUCGCCAAAGCGCCUGAGUACCGGCAUCCUGAUGUACACGCUGGCGUCCUCCAUGUGUGACCAGAUCCACCUGUAUGGCUUCUGGCCCUUUGGCUGGGACCCUAACACGGGUAAGGAGCUGCCAUACCACUACUAUGACAAGAAGGGCACCAAGUUCACCACCAAAUGGCAGGAGUCCCAUCAGCUGCCCGCUGAGUUCAAACUCCUCUACAAGAUGCAUACAGAGGGACUGCUGAAGCUCACCCUUUCCCACUGUGCUUAGGCCUAAAACUGCAGCAGGCACAACGCUUCAUCAAACUCUUCUCAAACGCUUCAACAGGCCAGGGUUGUCAAGACAAGGCAGGCGAGGGAAGGAUUCAUGUGGUUUUGCCAUAAGCAAAACCUUGCCUCUAAGGUUGAGCUGGUGCAAUGGCUUCUUAAACUGUCCAAGAUCCCUGAGCAAAAGCCCAUAAUCCUGUGCUCAAGAAGACGAACCACAACAGCUCAAGAAUCAUGGAGUCUAUUCAUUUUCUACUGCUCAAGAAUCUAAAAAGGACCACAGGUAAUUUUUUGGAUAAGGUGGCUGCAGCUAGGCAAUGUUGCUUUUCCGCAGAAUAUCACAACUUUGAAUAGCUUCAUGGUGUUUUUAUCACUCAUAACUCUCAGCACUACAGCUUCAAAUCAGCAGACGGACUGUUUAAAACCAAGGUUGUGUUCAGACUGCAUUAAAGAAAGCAGAUCCCUUGUUCAUUUCUAUGAGACUACUGUGUUGGCGCAGUUUGGGUCCUGACACAAGGGGCAAUGGCAAAAAAGUUGAACCUGGCACUUUGUUUGCUACAAUUCAGUGCGAUGUCAUUUAGUAACGUACUGUGUGAGCAAAUCAGAUACGUGCACGUGCACAUUGUUCCUAGAUUAAAUUGUAGAGAAAAUUAUUGUUGCUGAUAACUUUCCAGAGUUGAAAAAUCCUGUCAUAUUAUUAUAAACCGCCAUGCAGUGAUUUGGCAUCUGAUAAGCCUUCAAACUCAUGGAUCUGUUACUCAAACUGUACUUCCUGGAUUGUAUUUCAUCCUCUCACCAGUACCUAAAGGCAACAUGCUACCAUCAACACAAGCCCUUGCGUUUCUUUUGCUGGGAUCAGACAACACAAUACCCUUGAGAGGCCACUGUGUCAUAUUAGGUGAUCAUAGUCAAAAAAUAGGCCAAAACUUGGCCGAGCUUGCUGUCUUUCAUGACUUGCAUGACUUCCAUAGGUGAUCAGUUAGGAGGUUCCAUAGACCAACUUCACUGUUCCACCUGAUCAUGACAACAUCAUUCCUCUUUCACUUCCUCAAUUCUGCAAAAAACAAGGUGGUUUUUGCCUUUUCCGAGUUAACACGUUUAAUGGGAGAUGGAAACAUCAUAGUAUCCAACAUUUAACUCACAUGACUGAUCGGCGGUUUCAACUCUGACAGUCUCCUCAUCUCUACCAUGGCAAUAUUAUACACCCAUGUACAUCCAGUUCCACACUAAUCUGAUGGUACCUUCCUCCCAUUAAUACAUAAAACAGAAAUGUCAAAUUUACAUCCUAUUUGCUGGAUUGUUUUUUACCGUUUGAGGUUUCGACGUUCUUUUAAUUACCAAAUCUUGCCAUCUCUUUUGACCUCUUCUUCUGAAUUUUACGACUGGAGAAUUGGCACCACCUACUGCUUAUCUUGAUGAACCAACUUCUAAUAGUCGCAUAACAGUAGUUGAGAAAAAAAAGCAUUCAAUCGCAUUUCCUUUUGCCCCUUUACUUUUGUUAAAAUUUGGAUGGAAAAAGGCUAGUGAUACACUUUAAAACAUUCAACAUUUUAAAUUUAGGCAUGCAGCAGUUCUCAUAGAAUAACUUACAAUGAGUGCAAAAUUAAGAGAAAUAAUUAGAUUAGUCACGUUAUUUAUAGUAGUCAUAGUUAUUUAGUCACAGGUUCAUACGAAAUCUGGAUUUGUUACCCAGGUUUCAGUAAAUUUAUUCUUAAAGUUCCAUUCCCAGAAUUUUUGAAAAUGCAACAUUGACAUAUUAACACCACAGAAAGUUGUUCCAGCUGAUGUGUAAGCAAGCUUUAUAUUUAGACAUCCAGCAGACACAGAGCAACAUUAUCAUUAUUUGAGUUGCUGAGUGCUUGUGUCCACCUGAUGAAUGUAAGUCCAGUAUUUACUCUUUUAGUUCCGAUUUGGUCUCUACCAACUCUUGAGAAAAAUAUUGGGCUUGUUAGCUGCUAAACGUUAACUUUCUUCACCAGCAAAUCGCAAAUUUUAUCUGUCUGCCAUUUGGUGCUGGGCAAGUAGUGCACAGUGUGUUUAUUAGAGCUUGUUUGCUAGAAACAAGGUUGAUACAGUGGUACUGUACAGUUUAACAAUUUUCCACAGCAACAACUAGCACAACCAUAAUCUGUAAGGACAUAACUCUGAGUCAGGUUGUGUGUCCACAAGACAUCUUUAACAGCACAGAUAGGAAUGUUGUAUUUAAUACCAGAGAUGUCGCAAUUGUAGAUAAAGGUAGGGCUGUUUGCUGACUUUGUAAAAUGCAACUGUACAUACCUUAGCACUGCAACAAAUCUGAGGUGUUACUGUUAGCUUGUUGCUCAGUGAGAUAGUUUUUUUUUUUUUUAAGUGACAAUCCACUUUGUAAAGAUUACUAAUGGUGAUUGUAAACCCAGCACUAUGCAACUUAUCAGGAAGAUUCACUUUCAGCCAGUAUCCUGCUGUUUCUGUUUUUUAUGUUAUCGUAUUUUCCCUUCCUCAAUUUGUGUGUUUUAAAAAAAGAUCAGGGUUUGAAAAUUGGUGAUAUAUGUUAGAAUAUAGCUUUAUCAUCCCAUAGUGUUAAGAAUCUCCACGUUAACCAGGUGGCUUCAUUCACACACACUUAUCUUU